AUGCAGAUGACCCUACCCUGCGAGCAACAACAUCGAAGACCUGGAGAAAGCUUUAACAGGCUUGCGCAGAGAAAGCGCAAAGAAAGGUCUUCUUCUGAAUAUGAAGAAAACUGUAUUCAUGUCCACAGUGUCCGACGUCGAUCUGAGAAUAGAAGCGAAAGGGUCGAAAGGGUGGCACAAUUCGAAUUCCUCGGCUCAGUGUUAACGGACAAUGGAGAUAUCAAACCCGAGAUCACCAGACGUUUGGCCAAGGGGAGACAAGUCAUGUCAGGCUUGACAAAACUCUGGAUGGACAAAAAUAUAUCCACACAGACAAAAGCAAGGCUAGUGAGAUCCCUAGUUCACCCAGUAGCAACCUACGCGAGUGAGAGUUGGAUAACAACCAAGACUCUAAGAAGGAAAAUCCAGUCAUUCAAAAUGUGGUGCUGGAGGAGAAUGCUCAGAGUCCCGUGGACAGAAAGGAGAUCCAACGUAAAAAUUCUUCAGCAAGUAGGAAAUCCAAUACCUCUGGAUGGAACAAUCAUCAGGCAGAAACCGGUCUACCUCAGGCGUAUUACAAGGGGCAAUCAACUAGAAAAAGUUGUCAUGACAGGCAUGGCCAAUGGGAAAAGAGGGCGCUGA